AUGGCUCGAGAUUUGCCCGACUCGGCCAACUCCUCCUCGCCGCCCUCGCCAACUACCCGGCGGGUCGACUUGGGCAGAACGCGGAGCACUUUGUCGAUGGACGAAACAUCCCCCCUCUUGCUUAACUCAGGCCCGUCGAGAAUCCGAAUACAGUCCGACGCAGGAAUCGGGAGAUCACACCAAAGCCGCAACGGGAGUCUACGACCUUCACGACAUCACAGCCGUCGGAGCUCUUGGAGCACCCGUCUAGCUAAUGCCUUGACAACGGACAGAAACCACAAGGGCUCGAUGCGAGAGUCCAAACAGUCGCUCUAUCCCGACGAGCGAGUCUGGUACGACCAAUUCACCUCGACAGACUGGGUCCACGAUAGUAUAGCAGAUGCCUACCGAGUCAAGGCUCUGAGAAGCCGGAAAGAUUUGAGAGGGAGGAUACAAUGCUUCUUCGAUGGAGCUCAGGGCUGGAUCUUGAGUGCGGUAGUCGGGUUCCUUACGGCAGUGAUUGCAUAUGUUGUGGACGUAUCCGAGGCCCCGGUCUACGACUGGAAGGAUGGCUACUGUUCAGAUGGGUUCCUGCUUAGCGAAAAGCGUUGUUGCCCCGAAGGCGCACGCUGUGAUGCUUGGAAGUCCUGGUCAACUUUCGUAACAAUCCCAGGCGUCAGCAAGGAAUUUGUCGAAUUUGGCAUCUUCGUCAUUCUGGUCGUGGCAUUCUCCGCUAUUUCCUGUCUGAUGACUCUCACCACAAAAACCAUCAUCCCCUCCACCUAUCAUAUUUCGACAUUGGAUGAGAACCUUGCCGCCACGUCUCGUCGACCAGAUGAUCUUCCCCAGCAGGAUGGAACAACCAAUCCAAAUCUUGCUCCGGAUCAAGCGGUGGCUCCGCCUAUGGUGUAUUAUUCAGCUGCUGGCUCUGGGGUUGCCGAAGUUCGGGUCAUUUUGAGCGGCUUCGUUCUUCACGGAUUUUUGGGUGUCAAAACGCUCAUCAUCAAGACUCUUGCUCUGAUUCUAAGUGUUGCAUCUGGUCUCAGUUUAGGGAAAGAAGGGCCAUUCGUUCACAUUGCCACCUGCGUUGGUAACAUUGCGUGUCGUCUGUUCUCCAAGUACGAUAGUAAUGACGGGAAACGCAGAGAGGUACUUUCAGCAGCCGCCGCAGCAGGUGUUGCGGUAGCUUUUGGAGCGCCUAUCGGCGGUGUUCUCUUUUGCCUGGAGGAAGUUGCAUACUUCUUUCCGGCCAAGACACUGUUUCGUACUUUCUUCUGCUGCAUCACUGCUGCAUUGACUCUUAAAUUCCUGAACCCAUACGGCACCAACAAGGUUGUCAUGUUCGAGGUCCGUUAUCUGACAGACUGGGAGUUCUUUGAAAUUGCUGGGUUUAUCACUGUCGGUCUUCUCGGCGGCGCGACCGGGGCUAUGUUCAUCAAAGCGUCUCGAUCAUGGGCCAAGUCCUUCAGAAAAGUAUACAUUGUCAAAGAGUGGCCACUUGUCGAAGUCAUGUUGGUUUCUUUAAUCACUGGUCUUGUCAGCUACUGGAACCCUUACACAAAGGUUCCUGUCGCCAAGCUGUUAUUCAACCUGGCAAGCCCGUGUAAUCCCGGCAAAUCUGACGAUCUGGGCCUAUGCCCGGAGGAUAUGGAUGAGAUAUUUCCAAUCGUCUCGAACUUAGCUAUUGCGUUCUUUAUCAAAGGAGUCCUUACUAUCAUAACUUUUGGAAUUAAAGUGCCAGCGGGUAUUUACGUCCCAUCUAUGGUCGUAGGCGGUCUAGGCGGACGUCUCAUUGGACAUCUCAUCCAGUGGGUCGUUCUUCGAUACCCGACAUCUCCCAUCUUUGGAAACUGCGCAGCACAUGUAACUGGUACUUCUUGCAUUACGCCGGGUGUUUAUGCACUCAUUGCAGCCGGAUCAACAAUGUGUGGCGUUACUCGCCUAUCGGUCACUCUGGCAGUUAUCCUGUUUGAAUUGACCGGCAGUCUCGAUUACGUCUUACCAUUCUCACUGGCGAUUCUGGUCGCAAAGUGGACGGCAGAUUGGAUGGAACCAUUGAGUAUCUACGAUCUUCUGACAAACCUCAACUCGUAUCCAUUUCUCAAUAAUAAGCACAAGCCCAUCUUCACUUCUGACCUCGCCGACAUUCUCCCACGUGUUCGUCGGGAGAGAAUCAUCGACAUCACCAGCCAGCCCACCGUAUCCGCCAGUAGUCUCCGCCGCAAGCUCGAGCUCCUACACCAAGCCGGUGAAGUUGACGGCGGCCUUCCCAUCAUCAAGGACGAGGUCCUCGUCGGUCUCAUCCCAGCUCCAGAUCUCGGGUACGCACUCGAUAAUCUGGAAGAUGAGGCCGAGAGCAUGUGUUUGAUGGCCAAGGUGCCAGCCUUUGAUUCUGAUGACGAGAUGGACGUCGAUCCGACGGACUUCACGUCGUAUAUUGACCCUGCGCCCUUGGCGCUUGACAUCCGGAGCCCCAUGGAUUUAGUAUACGAAUGUUUUGUCAAGUUGGGGCUGCGAUAUACGCAUAAGAAGACAUUUGUAAAGUACAUGAAGGAGUUGGAAGAGCGUGAUGGGCAUCAGUGA